AUGCGCUUCCUCUCGACCCUCGCGUCCGCGUGCGCGCUGGUGAGCGGCGCCCUCGCCGCCGCCGGCAGCAAAGCUCCCAAGACGUCGGAGCAGCGCUUCUCCGAGUUCCGCCAGCUGGCGCGCCACUCCUCGACGAUCCAGCUCAACGACGUCUCGUACAAGUCGCUCACGGCCGCGCCCCGCGACUACAGCGUUGCCGUGCUGCUGACGGCGCUGGACGCCCGCUUCGGCUGCCAGCUCUGCCGCGAGUUCCAGCCCGAGUGGGAUCUCGUGGGCAAGAGCUGGACAAAGGGCGACAAGAAGGGCGAGGCGCGCAUGAUCUUUGGCACGCUGGACUUUUCCGAGGGGCGGGAUAUUUUCCUCUCGCUUGGCCUCCAGACUGCCCCGGUCUUGCUCUUCUUCCCUCCCACCGCCGGCCCCCAUGCCGUCGCCUCUCCGGAGCCGCUUCGCUAUGACUUCACCAGCGGACCUCCCGCCGCUGAGCAGGUGCACAACUGGAUUGUCCGCCACCUCCCCGGCCGUCCUCACCCAGAGAUCAAGCGACCCAUCAACUACAUCCGCUGGGCGGCUGGCAUCACCCUGCUGCUCGGCGUUGGCACCCUGAUCGCCACCGCCGGCCCCUACCUGCUGCCCAUCGUCCAGAACCGCAAUCUCUGGGCCGCCGGCACCAUGAUUGCCAUCCUGCUCUUCACCAGCGGCCACAUGUUCAACCACAUCCGCCACGUGCCCUAUGUCGCUGGCGAUGGCCGCGGUGGCAUCACCUACUUUGCCGGCGGCUUCCAGAGCCAGCUCGGUCUGGAGACGCAGAUUGUCGCUGCCAUGUACGGCCUGUUGUCCUUUUCCACCAUUGCCCUCGGGUCGCGCAUUCCUCGCAUCACCGAGCCCAAGAAGCAGCUCGUCGCCGCCAUCGCCUGGAUCAGCGUCAUGUUCUUCCUCAACAGCUUCCUGCUGAGCGUCUUCCGUAUCAAGAACAGCGGCUACCCCUUCUCGCUCCCUCCCUUUAUGUGA